GGCAGAUGUGAUUGUGUGGGGAGAAAAGAGGAAACACAAGUGGCCGUGCAGCGGAAGUGGUACUGCCCUGAGAUAUACGCUCUACGAGACGGAGGACGGAGGCUUUAACGUCUAGAGAGAGAGUUGAAAUAAUCAGGAUUAAAAGUCGCCAAUAUUUCUAGAAAAUGGAUAAGAACGACCUGGUACAGAAUGCAAAGCUUGCCGAGCAGGCUGAGCGCUAUGAUGACAUGGCCGCAGCCAUGAAAAGUGUGACGGAGCAAGGUACGGAGCUGUCAAACGAGGAGCGCAACCUUCUCUCUGUUGCUUACAAGAAUGUGGUCGGGGCCCGCCGCUCAUCCUGGCGCGUCAUCUCCAGCAUUGAGCAGAAGAUCGAAGGCAACGACAAAAAGAAACAGAUGGCACGUGAAUAUCGGGAGAAGAUUGAAUCCGAGCUGCAGGAGAUCUGCCACGAUGUGCUUGGGCUACUGGACCAGUACCUCAUUGCCAAUGCAUCUAGUUCUGAAGGCAAGGUGUUUUAUCUGAAAAUGAAAGGGGAUUACUACAGAUACCUGUCUGAGGUUGCAUCCGGAGACACCAAAAAGGACACUGUGGACAAUUCCCAGCAGGCGUACCAGCAAGCUUUUGACAUUAGCAAGGGGGAUAUGCAGCCAACACACCCAAUCAGGCUUGGCCUGGCCCUCAACUUCUCCGUCUUCUACUAUGAAAUCCAAAACAACCCGGAAAAGGCUUGCAGUCUGGCAAAGACGGCGUUUGAUGAAGCCAUUGCUGAGCUUGACACCUUGAACGAGGAUUCCUACAAAGACAGCACCCUGAUCAUGCAACUACUAAGGGACAAUUUGACUCUGUGGACAUCAGAAAACCAGGGUGACGAGGGAGAGACCGGAGAAGGGGAAAACUAAUGGAAUUGCACUGUUAAUCCACCUACACUCUUAUCUUAAAACACAGACAGCUUAUAUACAUCCCCCCUCCACUCCAUCAGCCCCUUCCUCUUCUGUAUGACAAGCAGCCUGAAUUGCUCCUGACCAACUAGUUUACCCAUCUCAGUUCACUGUGAGGUGACAGGGUCAUUUUCAGUUGUUAGUACAUUCAGUCACUUUGUAGAAACUUGUAUUGAUUAGUGGGUCCAUGUUUCUUGUUUUUGUUAGCUUUGUGUGUAAGUCGGCUCCUUUUUGCAGUGAGCAAGUGGGAGUGUAAAAGAUAUUGUGUGUGUUGGCGCGUGUGUGUGUGUGUGUGUGUAUGAGAUGGGGGCGGGGGUAGAUUGGAGGGGGUGUUGUGAAUUUUAAUCGUCAUUCUAAUUCCUUUGUCCCAGCAAGUUUGACGCAUUUCACCCACCCCCUUUUUGUUACUUUUUAUUAUUGUGAUUCCUCAUGGUAUUUACAGGUUUUAUUGUAUGGUUUUAUUGUAUGGUAAUUAAACUGGCAAACACUGUGACGGUAGGUGUUCCAUUUGCUUCACAACCCAAUAGCAGUUUGUGUUCGGAAACAUGUACAAUCCUGAAUCCAACUUACUGCAAUUCUGCUGUGGGCUCAUACAGAAAGGAGGCCGGCUGUAUUGUGACACUGACAUCUGAGUGUAAUGCCCCUCCAUCGUUUUCACACAACUUUAAAGGGAUCCCCUAAAUUACUAAGUGUCAUUGUUCAGACAUUCCACAUUACAAAGCUGUUAGAAAGGGGUUUCUUCUGUUUUCUUUUACAAAGUGCAGAUUGACUGUGUAGUUUGACUGCCAUCAGCUGUAUGUGUAGCCUAUAGUAACCUUUUUGAUAUUAUUCAAAAAUGUUUGACCACAUUGUUUCAACCUUGCCUGCAAAAAUCUCUUGUCUCAAAGUGAUUGAUUUCUCCAUAGGGAAAAAAAACAUGUUGGUGCCUGGCUUAACCUGUUUAAUCCAUUUCGGUGUUACCAAAUAGUUGACUGCGGCAUUUGGACGAAACAAAUUAAAUUCCGAAAUCAUU